AUUAACUUGAAGGACUUUUAUAUAUAUUAUAUCUGUUAUAAUAUAAAACUUUGAAAGGAUAAACAAGGUGGUCAUGGGUGUCUGCAUUUGAGAGGACAAUUGAGAUACAGUUGUAGUCAGCUGGAAAUAUGAAAGGGUUGGGCACUUAAUCCAACCCAAUUCAUUACCAUCGUCAUCCUGCUCCUUCCCCUUCCCACGCUUCACACGUGUCCCCUUUCUCGAUCCUCUAAAUGGGACCACCCUGUCCUCUUUUUUCUAUCCCGCCCAGGUGAGUGGAACCCCGCUCCGCGACAACUUUCUUCAAUCCUUCUCGUAACCCUCAAUUCACUUUUUCACAUUCACCCCAUUAUUUCCAAUGCGGGCUACUUUCGUAAAUUCCCCACCCAUUCCCCUCAUGCCUUAUCCACAAUGCUUACGCAAGCAAACAAAACUCAACAAUUUUCUUUUUUCUUUUUUUUCCAAAGGCAAGCUAACCUUUAUAAAAGCGCUUGGAAGAAACCUACACAGUACAGUGGCGAAGAACCUGGUAGUUCAAACAAACUCUGAAUCGUAUCGGUUCGAGUUUUAUCCAAAGUGAGAUUUUCAUGGCCGCCAACGUUCGCAGAGCUACUUAUCGUUUCCUCCCUGCCGUAGACAGAGAUUCACUCUCCGAUUCCACCUUUGAAUUCGAUGAAUCUGAUCUCUACACCUCUGCAAACGCUAACUCUUCGGAAUUCUGCAAAUCUGUACGCUCCUCCAGAUUCCACAGUAACUCCUCUGCUACCGUCGGCCGUGUCGGUGCUUCGGGAUCGCUUCCGGUGAACGUGCCGGACUGGUCGAAGAUCCUCGGCAACGAGUACGGACAGAACCGGAGGAGGAACUAUGACUAUGAAGAAACUCAAAGCGAUGAGGAGGAAGGAGGAGGGAGAGUGCCUCCGCACGAGUUUCUGGCGAAAACGAGAAUCGCUUCCUUGUCAGUGCACGAAGGAGUUGGGAGAACGCUCAAAGGACGCGAUCUUAGUAGGGUUCGAAACGCGAUUUGGGCGAAAACGGGAUUCCAAGAUUAGAAUCAAACGAAACCUUAUCAUAGGACCAUAAGCUAAUUACUGUUACUGAUUUACUACUGUUACGAGUUUUGUUCAUAGAUCUUCUGAGAUUUAUCAUUUUGCGGAGUUUUUUGUUUUUGGAUCGUGACCUAUAUGUACCAGAUCGGAAUUUGAGAUUUUAAUUUGCAGGGAGAAGUUUUUGUUUUUUAAUAAUACUAUAAUUAUUGUGUUUA